AUGAUAAGAUUCAAGCAAUUAAGAUAUCACUCAUAAAAAGAAAAUUAAAUGACAAAUAUGCUAACUAAUUACUGUACUAGCAGAGAGUUACAGAUAAAAAGUCUCACUGAAAAAUCAUAUUACGAUUCUAAUUCCUAUUUUAAUAGAUAACAAGAAAAUAAAUAUUAGGAGAAUAAGUAAUUAGAUGAUCGAGUUAUUGAUAAAAGUUCUCAUAUCAAAAAUUUACAAAAAUAAUAUAGUUAAUAACCAGAAUCAAUAAAAUAGUAUAUAUAAUUAUGAUAAUUUUAGACAAUUACCGAAGGCUAUUGAUAAUCACAUUGAUUAUCUGGUUUUGGGUUUAACAAGGGAAGAAAUAGAAUAAUAAAAAGCUUAUUUUGAAAGCUUAUCAUAGCAAAAUAAGCCUUUAGAAGCCUAGCCAACAGCUUUGGAAUAUAAAUUUUGAUAAGAUUAUUAUUAAGCAC